CUCGGCGGUGGCGGAGCGCGGCCUGGGCUCGCGCUGGGCUCCGCGCGCCCCCCGCCCCCUCUAUGAGGCAGAGGCCGCGGCGGCCGUUAGCGCUGUCGCUCCGGGGGCCGCGGCGGGCGGGGCUCCGGCGGGGCCCGGCCUAGUCCCCACCCCAGCCCGGCUCCCAGCCGCCCGCCCUCCCUCCCUCUCCCCGAUGCAGGGGGCCGAGCUCCGGGAUGGCGAGGCGGCGGCGGCGGCCGCUUCGUACCGCGUCCUGAGCCGCCUCCUCGGCUAUGGAGAGGCGGCCCCCGAGCCAGGCCCGCCGCCACCGCCCCCGGGCCAUGGCCCCCCGCCGCCACCCUUCCUCGCGCGGCCCGGCCCGCGGGGCUCCCGGCCGCCGCAGCUGAUGGUGUUCCGCAACGUGGGUCGGCCGCCGGAGGAGGAGGACGUGGAGGCGGCCCCGGAGCCGGGACCCUCGGAACUGCUGUGUCCCCGGCACCGCUGUGCCCUGGACCCCAAGGCCCUGCCGCCGGGCUUGGCGCUCGAGCGGACCUGGGGCCCGGCGGCUGGACUAGAGGCGCAGUUGGCGGCUCUGGGUCUCGGGCAGCCGGCCGGGCCGGGGGUCAAGACAGUCGGUGGGGGUUGCUGCCCGUGUCCGUGUCCCCCUCAGCCGCCCCCUCCGCAGCCCCAGCCGCCUGCUGCCGCCCCGCAGGCCGGGGAGGACCCCACGGAAACGAGCGACGCGCUGCUGGUCCUGGAGGGCUUGGAAUCGGAGGCCGAGAGCCUGGAGACUAACAGCUGCUCGGAAGAGGAGCUCAGCAGCCCCGGUCGCGGAGGAGGAGGGGGCGGCCGGCUUCUGCUGCAGCCCCCAGGCCCUGAAUUACCUCCGGUGCCCUUCCCGCUGCAGGACUUGGUCCCUCUGGGGCGCCUGAGUAGAGGGGAGCAGCAGCAGCAGCAGCAACCUCCCCCGCCCCCGCCUCCUCCCGGGCCCCUCCGGCCACUCGCGGGUCCUUCUCGGAAGGGCUCCUUCAAAAUCCGCCUCAGUCGCCUCUUUCGCACCAAGAGCUGCAACGGUGGCUCCGGCGGUGGGGAUGGGACCGGCAAGAGGCCUUCUGGAGAGCUGGCUGCUUCAGCUGCGAGCCUGACAGACAUGGGAGGCUCUGCGGGCCGGGAGCUGGACGCGGGGAGGAAACCCAAGUUGACAAGAACUCAAAGUGCCUUUUCUCCGGUCUCCUUCAGCCCCCUGUUCACAGGUGAAACUGUGUCGCUUGUGGAUGUGGACAUUUCUCAGCGGGGCCUGACCUCUCCACACCCUCCAACUCCCCCUCCUCCUCCGAGAAGAAGCCUCAGCCUCCUAGAUGAUAUCAGUGGGACGCUGCCUACAUCUGUCCUUGUGGCUCCGAUGGGGUCUUCCUUGCAGUCUUUCCCCCUACCUCCGCCUCCUCCACCCCAUGCCCCAGAUGCAUUUCCCCGGAUUGCUCCCAUCCGAGCAGCUGAAUCCCUGCACAGCCAACCCCCACAGCACCUCCAGUGUCCCCUCUACCGGCCUGACUCGAGCAGCUUUGCAGCCAGCCUUCGAGAGUUGGAGAAGUGUGGUUGGUAUUGGGGGCCAAUGAAUUGGGAAGAUGCAGAGAUGAAGCUGAAAGGGAAACCAGAUGGUUCUUUCCUGGUACGAGACAGUUCUGAUCCUCGUUACAUCCUGAGCCUCAGUUUCCGAUCACAGGGUAUCACCCACCACACUAGAAUGGAGCACUACAGAGACGAAGUUUCGCUCUUAUUGCCCAGGCUGGAGUGCAAUGGUGUGAUCUCGGCUUACCGCAACCUCUACCUCCUGGGUUCAAGCAAUUCUCCUGCCUCAGCCUCCCGAGUAGCUGGGAUUACAGGAACCUUCAGCCUGUGGUGUCAUCCCAAGUUUGAGGACCGCUGUCAAUCUGUUGUAGAGUUUAUUAAGAGAGCCAUUAUGCACUCCAAGAAUGGAAAGUUUCUCUAUUUCUUAAGAUCCAGGGUUCCAGGACUGCCACCAACUCCUGUCCAGCUGCUCUAUCCAGUGUCCCGAUUCAGCAAUGUCAAAUCCCUCCAGCACCUUUGCAGAUUCCGGAUACGACAGCUCGUCAGGAUAGAUCACAUCCCAGAUCUCCCACUGCCUAAACCUCUGAUCUCUUAUAUCCGAAAGUUCUACUACUAUGAUCCUCAGGAAGAGGUAUACCUGUCUCUUAAGGAAGCGCAGCUCAUUUCCAAACAGAAGCAAGAGGUGGAACCCUCCACGUAGCAAGGGGCUCCCUGCUGGUCACCACCAAGGGCAUUUGGUUGCCAAGCUCCAGCUUCGAAGAACCAAAUUAAGCUACCAUGAAAAGAAGAGGAAAAAUGAGGGAACGGGAAGGUUGGGAUUCUCUGUGCAGAGACUUUGGUUCCCCACACAGCCCUGGGGCUUGGAAGAAGCACAUGACGGUACUCUGCAUGGGGCUCCACCUCACACCCACCCCUGGGCAUCUUAGGACUGGAGGGGCUCCUUGGAAAACUGGAAGAAGUCUCAACACUGUUUCUUUUUCAGAAGUUUUGUUUUUGAUAUUUGUAUUACUUGGUAUGGAAAACUCACCUUGAAGGCAGUUGGGGUUUGUGCCCGUUGGAUUGAAAGUGGUGCGAAGGGUGAGCAGGUCCAAAGAAGGGGUGGGAGGAGGGAACAGGGGACGGCCAUUCAGCUGGUGCCAAAGGCAGAGUUAGAGUCUGUGCUAUGGGCCUGGAAGAUGGGAGGAGGGGCCUGAGGUUUGCAAAGGACUGGGAGUUCCUGAGGAAGGGGGAAUCUGCCUCUUGUUGCCAUGGGCAGCUGUUGUAGCAGCAGGAGAGAAAGGAGGGUGGGUGGUCUCGAAAAGAAUAUUGGGCAAACCUAGCAAUUGGCCUUAGCUGGGAGAAGUAGUGACUCCUGCAUCCUUUUUUAAGGUUUAGGAACCUGAGUUCAGAAACACCUCUCAUGGAAACUGUACUAGUUGUGAUUUACUUAAUUCCUUAAGUUCCAUGACCUGAAGUUAACCCCGUUCUUCCUCUGCUCUCAACACAUUCCACCUUGAGAUAACUGUACAUGUCACUCUGAUCAUGGUAACAGCAUCCCUAUUGCUUCUGCCAGCUGUCAUGGCAAUCGUGUUUCUCAUCACCUGGGCGGUUCAGAGCCAAUCGUGGGCUGCUGAAUUUAAUGGAGUAUGUUUCCGUUCUUCAUGGCAAACUGUACUCAUGACUUAGGAGUGAAUGUUACUUCCAUGUGCCUGUCAGCUUGUGAGGGGGAAUGUGGAGGAAGGUGAGAAAUGCAGCUCCCACAGUUGUGCUCUUCCUAGAGGAAGCUCUCAGAACGCAGCCCUCAUGGGAUUUCCUUAGGUCAGAGGAGAGCAUCACAUCUCACGUUUUUAGGUUUAUCACUGCCAUCCCACUUCUGGGAUGGGAGGUAGCAAGGGCUUCUGUAUUUUCUUGUGUUCAUUCUAGCAACCCAGACAUUUCCGGAUCAGAUCCUGCUGGUCUCCACUCACUGGAAAGUCUGCCAGAUGCCGAUUUGAGAGCUGCCUGUCCCGGCUCUCAGGAGGAGCGGGGAGAAAAACUCCAGUGGUCUUAAAUGGUUUCUGCAGCUGGCCGUGGCCAAUUCAUAUGACAUUGUGAGUUCAUUUGUUGUAGAGCUGCUCUGGGGAGAGGUUUGCUAUUGAGAUGUAACAGUGGAGCUGUUGGGUCUUCAUGACUCCUUUGCAUGUGUUCCGUGAGACUCUUUCUGGGUUCCCAGUGCUUAUAGUUGCCUCGUCUCACAAGACAGAUACUAAUGUCAGGUUUGUGGCUUCCUGAUGGUUUGGGUGGGGCCCCAGUGUCUUGGUAAUUUAUAGGACCGCCUCAUCUGGGAGCAUUGCCUUCUUCCUUAGUCCCACGUGGAGUGACCAGUCUUCCUCGUUGUAGCUGAACAGGGAGGAAACUUGCACCAUUACCUGACUGUGGAAGGGUGGCCCACAAGAUGAGCUGUGCACCAUAAACACAGCCCACCUCUGAUUUGUCAUGUGGUACCUCUUCUUUCCUUGGCUUCCAUGGUAGUAUUACCAACUAAGCAAGAUUGUGAUCCCAGAAAUUGGCUUAGCAUGUGAGUGUUGCCCCGUGAGAGUACAAGUAAUAUAACUCGCCAUCUUGCAGGAAGUGCCACCCCAAUAUAGAGCCUGAAGUUAGAAUCCGUUGAGAUCCUUGGGUGGCUGAUAUGCAGCCUGGGAUCUUUCUUUUUUUUUGUUCCUUUUCAACCACCCAUAAUUUUAAUAUUAUUUUUUAGUGUGUGUGUGCCUGGCUUUGCACUAGAUAUUGUAGAAAACAAAAAAGGUAAAAGGCGUAAUCUGUGGCCUAAGGGAGCUUUUAGGUGACUGCUGCACAUCAAGCAGAAAAUCAAGGACUAUCUAAAGACGUUUAUAGUAGAUAAGAUCAGGGUAGACCAGAUGGUCUGGGAAAGUUCUGUGCCUCUGAGGCUUUGGGUUGUAGUCAAUGGCGGGAUAGACAGUGAGAUGAAAAACACAUGAACAAAAGCAAGGAAGCAGAAAUCUGCAUGGCAUGUACUGAACAGUGCACAGCCCUGUUAGAGCAACAUGGUUAAAGAAUCCUUUCCAGUGUGGUUGUCUAGAUGGAAGCUUCCCAGCCACCAGGCAGACCUGAGUGCCUAGGGGUUAUGAUGGUGAGGUGGAGCCCAAAGCCCAAAGGAGUCAGCAAGGCUCCUGCCCAUUGCCAGGGCCUCACUAUGGUCAGCUCAGGCCAUGUGAGGGAGGCAGAGCCUCCGCACCCCCUGUGUUACUGGGGUUUCUUCUGGAGAACUCAUACACUCAGGUACAAAACAAACCAACUGAGGAGGUGUGACCCAACCUCACCACCCACCUUUCUCCUGGGGAGUGUCGUGUUGAACUGUGUCUGUGAUCUGUCAGUGCACGGGUCCCAGCGCUGGCCGCAGCCUAGUCCUUUCUCUGUGGAGUGGGCUGCAAAACAGCAGCACAAGAGGAGACAGUCUUCGUCAGGUGUGGAUGUUUGGUGCCUGCAUGGGUGGCCUUGCACAGAGCAGUUAGAGGAAGAUGAGGGGGAGGCAUGGGGCUGGGCCAGCUCUCUGGGAUGCAGCCUGGUCAGAGAGUAAAUGGAGCAGAGGAACAGGUGCGCCAGUACCUGCCCUUCACCUCCCCGACCAGGCCCGCCCCUCCUUCGCCAGUGCUGUGCAGAGCUCAUUUAAAUGUAUUCCUUUCUAGGUCUGGGCGCGGUGGCUCACGCCUGUAAUCCCAGCACUUUGGGAGGCUGAGGUGGGUGGAUCGUGAGAUUGGGAGUUCAAGACCAGCUUGGCCAAACAGUGAAACCCUAUCUCUACUAAAAUACAAAAAUUAGCUGGGCAUGGUGGCAUGCGCCUGUAGUCCCAGCUACUCGGGAGGCUGAGACAGGAGAAUCGCUUGAACCCAGGAGGCGGAGGUUGCACUGAGCCGAGAUCGCGCCACUGCCCUCUAGCCUAGACGACAGAGUGAGACUCCAUCUCAGAAAAAAUAAAUAAUUCCUUUCUGGUUGUAUUUUCAAGUCACAAAUUGGAAAAGGCUUACAUCUAGUGACCCACUAUUGAUUUCUAAGUUGUGGGUGGGUGAUACCAGUGGCCUCAGUGCCUGUAUAACCCUCACCUGUUUAUGACUGAUCUACUGUAACCUUCCUCAGGUUGAGAGUGAGCCGCUGUGAGCCAGUGACAACUACUGCUACAACUUGCUGUUACUUGAAAUUCGUGUGCUGUGUUGGUAGCACAGGAGUAGGCGGGCGGGGGUUUUGGUGUGGGCACUAGAUAAGUGGGUGGCAGCUGGCUUUUUGGGACCAUUGGUGCUGACCUUUGCCUGGUCACCUGCCUGUGCCUAGGCCAAGUGAAUGUUACAUCUUGGAACCUGAGCCAUGGAGGUGGCGCCACCUCCCUGAGGAGAAAGGUGUGGCCAAGGGAAGCUCCGGCAUGGCUCCUGCUCCUUCCCCUUCCCUACAUUUCACUUGGGCUAAUGAUGUAAGCCCCCCUUGAGGUUGGGGAUGGUGUGGAGAUAGCUGCAGACACCCCUGUAACAGACAUCCAGGAAGAAUUAGGGAGUGGGGGUAAUUAUAGUUCCCAGGUCUAGGGGUGAGAGGUGGGAGUAGAACCAGAAGUGCCCUGGAAUCCAGCCGUGUCAGCCCUCACCCCAGGGCCCCCAGGAAAGCAUGGCCUGCUUGAAGCCCUCUGCUCCCUGCAGAAACUGGGGAGAGGAGGAGCUUUUUCCUUCAGUUAGAUCUUUCCCUUCCCUGCUGCCUCUCUACCUUAGCUUUGGAGCCCUAAAGUUAGUGGACAAGACACUGGGAUAAAGGUCUAUGGCUGCUGGAAGGAGGUCUGAGUCUGUGUGUGUGCAUAUGCAUGUGUGUGUGUGUGUGUGUCCUCAUUUGCAGAAGUCUUGCUACCAGUUGGGGUGUUAAGAGCAUCUCCACUGGGCGGAGACCUGGCAUUUGUUUUCCACUGCUAAGAGAAUGACACGCCCCCUGUCAUGUAAGGGAGGAGCUAUUGAGUUAGACAUUUUCCCUAUGGGAAUCCUUGGGUUUGGUUUGUGGGAAAGGAGGGAAUGGAUAAGUGAUUUUUAUCUCUAAUCGUCAACACAGCUGUUCUUCCACUGAAUUUGUGCUAUUGCAUACAUGUAGCCAUCUUUCUUUUCACUGCAGCAGUGUUUAUCAGUAGUUCAAAAUGAUUUAUUUGCUCCUGGGGAGUAAAACCUUUUUUAUUAAAAAAAGAAAAAGAAAAAAAAAGAAAGAAAAGUGUGCCCCCCUCCUACGUCGCGAUAGCUAUAAAAUGAUUGGGCCACAAAGGUCAAGUCUGCACGUCCCUGUGGUAGACCCUGCUUUCACAUUGGAGCCUUCACACUCAGCACAAAAUGAUCGGAGGCCUUGAUAAAAUGGAGAGCAAAGUCUUGGGAGCAGUGAAAUGGGGGUUGGAUCAUAGAGACAGGCGCUGGGGACUCGGGUACUGCAGUUAGGAAAGUAGCGUUAUGAGUUGUACUGAAAAUGUUGAUUCUCUAAUCUGCCAGAAAAGGACCUGUCUUUUCAUGCAGAUUUCAUAUUGUCUUUGUCCUUUUCAUUGCUUCUUGACCUUCCUGGUAGGUGUUGCUCAGUUUCUUCCUGUUUCCCUUCCCGUCCUCUCCACACCUGCUAUCCCGUCCCACUCCCAUCUACCUCCCGGGAAGCCAGCCCUGCAUGCUGAGUUUGUGACCUGCUUCACUCCCAUUUCAUUUCUAGAGGGUUUAGAGGGGACCUGCAUUCCCUUUCCCUCUCCUACCCCCUCCUCCACAACACCAAGAGGCCUGGAGGGGCAGACAGAAAGCAGCCAGCCACGGCGGGAAGACAUGCAUGUUUGGUUGCAGCUGGACUGCGAUCGUAGUUCCUCCUGGAGAUAGAGUGUGAGGAACUUAGGACACUCUUCCUCAGACUCUGGGAUCAUCACAUACCACACUGCCCUGCUCAGAGCUUCGUCCUGAGCUCCCUAACCAGCUCAGGUGGAGCAGAAGCCUGGUCUCACUCCUCCAUCUCUGGUGCUCCCUUGGGCGGGGACCUGCCCCUCACUCUUAGGCCGAGAACCUUGUCCAAGGGACAGGUAGGGUCCAGGUGCCACUUUGGUUAGCUGGCUGUUGGAAUGCCCACACUGGUGCUGCCUGUGGCAUAGCCACUGCUGUACGUUUUUGGUUGUUUUUAAGAAACUCGAUGAAGAGGGGUGUCAUUCUGGGCUCGGGGUGGUUGCCAAUUUUUCACCAGAAAGGGAGCCACCCCUUGCAACCACUUCUGUCUCUGUUAGCCCCCCCUCUGCCCUCCUCCAAGCCAAAGCGUGGCCUGGCUUUUGUCUUCCCAUUUAGUUUUCCUCUUUUACCCUUCCUUUUGUGCUUAAUUUAUUAAAAUAGUUGCUGUAUAAUUUAUUUUCAUAAACUAUAAAAAAAUACUAAAUGGUUAAAAUAGACUUGCAGGCCAAUCUUAAAUAGGGUGGGAGGGUCUGAGGGUGGGAUGGGGAAAGGGAAAGAGGUUUUGAUAUAAACAAAACAAAUGCACUUUGGGUGUGUUUUGGUAUUUUUCUGGGGAUAGAGGGGGUGGGGUUAGGGAUGUCCCUGUAGAUUAGUUCCAGAAUGGGGUGUCUGUAUAUACUGUAUUAAUAGGCAUGUUUGACUCUCGUAAAGGGACAUUAGUAGCUGCUGCAGGUCCUGUUUGGAAACCCCAUGUACAAUUCCCAGUUUUUUGUAAGUGUCAGUGCGAGAGACAUUUGACUCUUGUGUUUGUAUCUCCUUUUUAUGAUUUCUGUACCUACCCAUGUCUUUUUGGGGAGGGGUGAAAAGAGAUUUGAAAUAAAAAUGUUUAGAAAUUA